CGGCGCUGGCGGCGCUGAUGUUUGGGCACGGCGCGCUGGGCCAGGCCAUGGCCCUGCUGUUGUUCCUGGGCAUGACAGCGGCGCUGGCCCGGGGCUGCCUGCAGUGCGACCCCAAUUUCGCGGAGAAGUUCUCCUUCUACCGUCACCACGUGAACCUCAAGUCGUGGUGGGUGGGUGACAUUCCUGUGUCGGGGAUGCUGCUCUCCGAUUGGAUCCAGAACACGAUGAAGGAGCUCCAUCUGGCCAUUCCCGCCGAGAUCACCCGGAAGAAGCUAUAUCAAGUGGCAGAAGCCGUGUACCAGAGGAUGGACCAGCUGUACCAGGGGAAGAUGUACUUCCCAGGGUAUUUCCCCAAUGAGCUGCGGGCCAUCUUCCGGGAGCAAGUGCGCCUCAUCCAGAACGCCAUCAUAGAGAGUCGCAUUGACUGUCAGCGUCACUGUGGCAUCUUCCAGUAUGAGACCAUCUCCUGCAGCAACUGCACAGACUCCCACGUCAUCUGCUUUGGCUACUACUGCAAGUCAUCGGCACAAUGGGAGUCAGCUGUACAGGGCCUUCUGAAAUACUUAAACACCUGGCACAAACAGGAUGAAAAGAUGAGAACCACCCCAGCCUUCCUUUCACCAAACAUAAAGUGUCUGGAACCUCAGCAUCUGGUCAACCUGACCUUGGAAAAUGCCUCUAAGUGUCUGACCCAGCACUGACAGUGGCUGCCAGCCCCCAGCCUCGGCAGGGGCCAGGACUCAACUGCACUGUAGCAGACUAUGCCUCUGGAGAGGCUGGCUGCUGUCUGCCUCAGGUUACCCCUCCCACUCUCAUGGAGCCCAGGCUGGGUGGGGACAGGGGAGGGCAGGGAGAUGGGCUUGUGUAAGAUAGUGGGGAACCCCCCAGGGCAGGGCCCUCUGAGAUAUUUUGAUUAAAAUGCCCUGACAUUUCUCAUGAAGAACAAUUCUUUUAACUGCCAAGAGAUCUGGCUGGGUUGUUAAUGUAGCUGGUGGCAUGCAUUUCAUCUGAACAUGAUGUGCAGGUGUGGAGGGGUCCCAGGCUUCUAUCCAGAGGGGGAGGGGCAGAUGACUUGAACUCCUGAUGGUCCUGCCUCUUCCUCAGUGCUGGAUGACAGGUAUGCUAGCUGGGUCUUCCUGCACUGAGCCUGUCUGUAGACUGACCUUGAAUUCUCUCGGCCUCAGGGGCAGGAUAGUGUGUGAUCCAGGUCAGACACAGGUGGACCACACUGCGGAGAGCACCUAGCAGCAGAUGACCAGAGAUAGGCUGGCUGGGAGAAGUUGAUGCAGGAGACCAGGGGCUCCUUUUUGUUUUGACGUCUUCCACUUGGUUUCCUUGUCACCAUGUCCCCUGGCCCCAGGCAGUAGCAUCUCCAUGCACAUUCCUAUAGUUCUCCCUCAUGGGACAGGCUGCAAGUUAGUUUUGUUUUUAACAAGGAAUUCACAUGGC